AUGCCCGAGUACUCGAGUCCUGUGAACAGACUUCAGUCUUGCUGGACUCUCCCCAUGCCCGAGUACUCGAGUCCUGUGAACAGACUUCAGUCUUGCUGGACUCUCCCCAUGCCCGAGUACUCGAGUCCUGUGAACGGACUUCAGUCUUGCUGGACUCUCCCCAUGCCCGAGUACUCGAGUCCUGUGAACAGACUUCAGUCUUGCUGGACUCUCCCCAUGCCCGAGUACUCGAGUCGAGUGAACGGACUUCAGUCUUGCUGGACUCUCCCCAUGCCCGAGUACUCGAGUCCUGUGAACAGACUUCAGUCUUGCUGGACUCUCCCCAUGCCCGAGUACUCGAGUCCUGUGAACGGACUUCAGUCUUGCUAUACUCAGCCCAUGCCCGAGUACUUGAGUACUUGUGGAGACUCUACUGGGUGGAGAUGGCAGAUCCAGGGAUAG